AUGCCCGAAACUACGGAUUCUACUGCUUCAUCCAAGAAUGAAUCCGCUCUGGUAGACAUCAGCUCCGUGGAAAAUAACUCCUCCGAGCAUCCUUACAUGGGGUUUGAUGACACGGUGCAGGAUCAAGUUAGAGAUCUGGCAAGAAGUUUAACUCAACUAAGUUCCAUACAUCAAUCCGAAAGUAACGUGGACGUUUCAUCCUCUCACUUAGGCUCUGAUUCACAAUCAAUAUAUUCAACGGGACUUCCGGGAAUUAAUCCCGUAUAUACAAGUCCCGAUACCCCUGGCUAUAAUGAAAAAUUGGAUCCCACAAGUGAUAAUUUUUCAAGUACAGCAUGGGUGAAAAAUAUGGCUAAUAUCGCCAAAUCUGAUCCUGAUUUUUAUAAACCUUAUUCCUUAGGAUGUGUUUGGAAAAACCUUUCCGCUUCCGGUGAUUCCGCUGAUGUCUCUUAUCAAUCAGACGUCAUUAACAUGCCAUGGAAGAUCAUAACUUUCUUUUAUAGAAUGGUCGCACCAAGAAGAGAGGGGGAUACUUUCCAAAUCUUAAAACCAAUGGAUGGGAUCCUAAACGCUGGUGAAUUAUUAGUCGUCUUGGGGAGACCCGGGUCCGGGUGUACCACCCUUUUAAAAUCAAUCUCUUCUAAUACCCAUGGGUUCGAAGUGAGUAAGGAUUCCACCAUCUCUUAUAGUGGGUUGUCUCCAAAGGAUAUUAGGAAGCAUUAUCGUGGUGAAGUCGUCUAUAAUGCUGAAUCAGAUAUUCAUUUACCUCAUCUAACCGUUUAUCAAACUUUAUUGACUGUAGCAAGAUUAAAGACUCCCAGUAAUAGAAUUAAAGACGUCACAAGAGAAGAUUAUGCAAAUCAUGUCACAGAGGUAACCAUGGCUACAUAUGGGUUGUCACAUACAAGAAACACUAAAGUCGGUAAUGAUCUGGUCAGAGGUGUCUCCGGUGGUGAACGUAAGCGUGUUUCCAUCGCUGAAGUCUCCAUUUGUGGAUCCAAGUUCCAAUGUUGGGAUAAUGCUACAAGAGGUCUGGAUUCCGCUACCGCGUUGGAAUUUAUUCGUGCCUUGAAAACGCAAGCUACCAUCGCUGAUAGUACAGCUACCGUGGCUAUUUACCAAUGUUCACAGGAUGCCUAUGAUCUUUUCGAUAAAGUUUGUGUUCUGGAUGAUGGGUAUCAAAUUUAUUAUGGUCCAACCACUGAAGGUAGAAAAUACUUCGAAGAUAUGGGGUACGUGUGUCCACCAAGACAAACUACUGCAGAUUUCUUAACAUCAGUAACGUCACCUGCAGAAAGAAUAUUAAAUGAAGAUAUGUUAAAAGCUGGUAAGAAAAUCCCACAAACUCCAAAGGAAAUGGGUGAAUAUUGGCUACAUUCUCCAGAUUAUCAAAGGUUAAUGCAACAGAUUGAUGCGGAAUUGAAUCUUAAUCAGGAUGAACAACGUAAUGUCAUUAGAGAGGCUCAUAUUGCCAAACAAUCAAAGAGAGCAAGACCUUCAUCUCCAUAUGUCGUCAGUUACAUGAUGCAAGUGAAAUACCUUUUAAUUAGAAAUUAUUGGAGAAUUAAACAAAGUGCUAGUGUCACAUUGUUUCAAGUGUUUGGUAAUUCCAUUAUGGCAUUCAUCUUGGGUUCCAUGUUUUACAAAGUGCAAAAGAAAGGUGAUUCAUCUACAUUUUAUUUCCGUGGUGCUGCUAUGUUUUUUGCCAUCUUAUUUAACGCAUUCUCAUCUCUAUUGGAAAUUUUCUCCCUAUAUGAGGCAAGACCCAUUACAGAAAAGCAUAGAACAUAUUCAUUAUAUCAUCCAAGUGCUGAUGCAUUUGCCUCAGUGCUUUCAGAAGUACCUCCCAAACUGGUUACCGCCGUCUGUUUCAACAUUAUUUACUACUUUUUAGUCAAUUUCAAGAGAGAUGGUGGUGUAUUUUUUUUCUAUUUCUUAAUCAGUAUCGUUGCAACAUUUGCCCUAUCACAUUUAUUUAGAUGUAUCGGUUCCUUAACAAAGACUCUAUCAGAAGCUAUGGUACCGGCAUCUAUUCUAUUGUUAGCUAUUUCCAUGUAUACAGGGUUUGCCAUUCCUGAAACAAAAAUGUUAGGUUGGUCAAAAUGGAUUUGGUAUAUUAAUCCAUUAGCAUACCUUUUCGAAUCAUUAAUGAUUAACGAAUUCCAUGAUAGAAAAUUCCCCUGCGCUCAAUAUAUUCCAAUGGGUCCACCAUACGUAAAUGCAACAGGUACUGAAAGAGUUUGCGCCGCUGUGGGUGCCGUCCCUGGUGAAGAUUUUGUCAGUGGUGAUCUUUUCUUAAGAGAAAGUUAUGGUUAUCAACAUAAACAUAAAUGGCGUGGAUUUGGUGUUGGUAUGGCUUAUGUCGUGUUUUUCUUCUUUGUUUAUUUAGUCCUUUGUGAAUAUAAUGAAGGUGCCAAGCAAAAGGGUGAAAUGUUAAUCUUCCCACAAAGUGUCGUUAGAAAGAUGAAAAAGCAAGGUACAUUGAAACAAAAGCAUCAUGAUGCAGAUGAUAUUGAGGCUGUUGCAGGUGCUACUGAAUCUAAUACUACUGACAAAAAUAUGUUAAAUGACUCAUCUAUAAAUUAUGAUGAUAUUCAAUCUGAGGUGGGUCUUUCCAAAUCAGAGGCUAUUUUCCAUUGGAGAGAUUUAUGUUACGAUGUUCCAAUUAAAAAGGAAGUUAGACGUAUCCUAAAUAAUGUCGAUGGUUGGGUUAAACCUGGUACUCUUACCGCUUUAAUGGGGGCCUCAGGUGCUGGUAAGACUACAUUAUUGGAUUGUUUGGCUGAAAGAGUGACUAUGGGUACAAUUACUGGUAAUAUUUAUGUUGAUGGUAGGUUACGUGAUGAAUCUUUCCCAAGGUCAAUUGGUUAUUGUCAACAACAAGAUUUGCAUUUGAAAACUUCAACUGUGAGAGAAUCAUUAAGAUUUUCAGCGUAUUUACGUCAACCAGCCGCUGUUAGUAUUGAAGAGAAGAAUAAAUAUGUUGAGGAAGUUAUUAGAAUUCUAGAAAUGGAAGCAUACGCUGAUGCUGUCGUCGGUGUCGCAGGUGAAGGUUUAAACGUUGAACAAAGAAAAAGAUUGACCAUUGGUGUUGAAUUAGCUGCUAAACCAAAAUUAUUGGUCUUUUUAGAUGAACCUACUUCCGGUUUAGAUUCACAAACUGCUUGGGCUACAUGUCAGUUGAUGAGAAAAUUAGCAGAAAAUGGUCAAGCUAUUCUUUGUACUAUUCAUCAACCUUCAGCCAUAUUAAUGCAAGAUUUCGAUCGUUUAUUAUUCUUACAAAAGGGUGGACAAACUGUCUAUUUUGGUGAUUUAGGUGAUGGUUGUCAAACAAUGAUUGAUUAUUUCGAAAAGGAAGGCGCUCAGAAAUGUCCACCUGAAGCUAAUCCAGCCGAAUGGAUGUUGGAAGUUAUCGGUGCUGCUCCUGGUUCUCAUGCUGUUAAGGAUUUCCACGAAGCCUGGAGAGCCUCAGAUGAAUAUAAGGCUGUUCAAAAAGAAUUAGAUUGGAUGGAACAAGAAUUACCAAAGAGGGCAAAGGAAACUACAGCAGAAGAACAUAAGCAAUUUGCUACUACCAUUUGGUAUCAAUUUAAAUUAGUCAGUGUACGUUUAUUCCAACAAUAUUGGAGAUCUCCUGCAUAUCUUUGGUCCAAAUAUCUUUUAACUGUUAUCAAUGAAACAUUUAUUGGUUUUACAUUUUUCAAAGCAGAUAGGUCCAUGCAAGGUUUACAAAAUCAAAUGUUAUCCACCUUUAUGUUUACUGUUAUUUUCAAUCCACUUUUGCAACAAUAUUUGCCAAGUUUCGUUGAACAAAGAGAUUUAUAUGAAGCCAGAGAACGUCCAUCAAGAACAUUCUCCUGGAUCGCAUUUAUAUUAUCGCAAAUUGUUGUUGAAAUUCCAUGGAAUUUUGUUGCUGGAACCAUUGCCUACUGUAUUUAUUACUAUGCAAUUGGUUUCUACAUGAACGCUUCAGCUGCUGGUCAAUUACAUGAAAGAGGUGCAUUAUACUGGUUAUUGUCUACGGCAUUCUUUGUCUAUGUUGGUUCUAUGGGUAUUGCUGCAAUCUCGUUCAUUGAAGUUGCUGAAACUGCAGCCCAUAUGGCUUCUUUAAUGUUUACCUUGGCCUUAUCUUUUUGUGGUGUUAUGGCUACUCCAUCUGCUAUGCCAAGAUUCUGGAUUUUCAUGUAUAGAGUUUCUCCUUUAACAUAUUUGAUUGAUGCGUUCCUAUCUGUUGGUGUUGCCAAUGUUGAUGUACAAUGUUCAUCAUAUGAAUUUGUCGAAUUUACCCCUCCACCUGGUAUGAAUUGUGGGACAUACAUGGCCCCAUAUAUUAAGAUGGCCGGGACAGGAUACUUAUCAGACCCUUCUGCUACAGAUGCAUGCCAUUUCUGCCAAUAUUCCUAUACCAAUGAUUUCUUGAAAACAGUUAGUUCGGAAUAUUCAAGAAGAUGGAGAAACUGGGGUAUCUUUAUUUGUUAUAUUGCCAUUAACUAUUUCUGUGCCGUUCUAUUCUAUUACUUAGCAAGAGUUCCAAAAUCCAAUGGUAAAGUAAAGGAACAAACUGUUUCAAAGAAAGAGGAGGGUUUAACUGAAACAAAAGAAGAAACUCCAUCUGAAACUAAAGAAGCUUAA